AUGCCGGUGCAAAAUGGCAACUACGAGCUUGGUCUCGGUGGCAGCUUCCUUCAAGAUCUUCCCUCUUCGAUCAAACGAUAUACAUACCGCGGGGAAUCAGACUUCUUUGACAUCUUGGAAUCCGAAACCGCUCGUUUCGAAGCCUCCCCCUACGCAAGCGAAUUCCUCCUCUUUCAUGUAAGCCAAGAGACUAUCGAUACCCUUAUCGAAAACGAAGAUACUUCUCCUAUCGCUAAAUACCUUACUUCAUUUGACACCAAAGAGCAGCUUUUAUUGGUCAGGAUGCCGUCAACUACACACGGUGGAGCGUCCGCCGCUAUGAACAAUAUGAUCAUGGAGGCUAUACAACCGAUGGGGUUGUUCACUUCCCUCAGAGGGUAUACAGGUGUAGAUGUCAGAGGAGCGUCCCGAGGAAAGCAGGCAGACUAUUCCUGGGGACCAAGAAGGACCGCUCGUGGGAUAUCUCGUUCACCAUCCGUUACUCUCGAAGUAGCGUACUCGGAAAAUGACGUCAAACUAAACUCCGAUGUGCGCUUCUGGCUUAAUCCUGACGAUGGAAAAGCAAAAGUAUGCUUGACACUUCGAAUUGGUCGAUCUCAGCCAGAAAUCCGGAUUGAGAAGUGGGAGGCUCAGAACGACCGCAUCCAUCGCUCCCAAGUUAUCUGGAUUACCAAGAGUGGAAACCAGAUAAACGUCAGUCACCAUCCUCUUGUCAUCUCGUUUGAAAGUCUGUUCUGUCGCCCGUCAUCCUGUCCACGGGAGAAAGAUUUGAAAUUCUCACAGCAACAGCUGAAGGAGCUCGCGGAGAUGAUUUGGGAAGACCAAUGCUGGUGA